AUGGAAGUAUACAAGCUCCUUGUUACGGCUGCCCAGAGACUGUCCGCCGAGGAGACUGCGCGCAGGUGGUCCGCGCUUUCCUCUCCUCGGAAUGCGCUCUACAACCCGCCUCCGCCCCCGCCCGCUCCCAACACCACUUACGCGACUCUGCAGCCCGAGGGCGAGAAAAUGAAGUCUCUUGCGCAGGUCGCCGAGCAGCUACUAAACGAACAGGCGACAAUGUUACAAUAUCCCGUCUCUGCUCUCCCGCGCGGGCAACCUGCGCAGGCAACCAUUUCCCCGUCUGUUCCGUCUGCCUCGACUGCCCUGCCCGUUGCUUCCAUCUCCACCCCUGACCCCCAGCCCCCAACACACGCACCAGCUCCCGUCCCCGCUAUCAGGCGCGACCUCACAUGGGCGCAGACGCCCUCGCACGACGCGAACGGCUUCCCGCUCCAGCCCGUGGCGUCGACCUACCCUCUGCGCCCCGACCGCGCGCCGGGCAUCAAUUUCGACGGAAAAAGAACUCGCUACCAUCCAGAAGUGCUCGCAUGGCUUCGAACAACUGACAAGGUCGCGGCGGACGCGAAGGAGGAGGCGGACGAGGGAAUGCUCUUCCCAGAAGACUUACUUGAGCGCGCGCCCCCGCCCCCGGAGGACCCGGGGCUGUUCGCACUGUGCGCGCUGUGUUCGGUGCAAGACCGCCGGCGGCUCGCGUACUGGGUCCUCUGGAACGUCGACAGGAAGGAAGACACCCUGGACCGGCUCAACGCCGAGAUCAAUAAGCGGUCGCGGGAUGUAUGCCUCGCGGAGUUCUGGGGCCUGCCGGACGUGCUCGUCAACCUCGCGAUGGCCGGCGAGCGGGCGCAGCAGCGCAAGGAGCUGGAGGCACGGGAGGCGACGUGCACGGACGGGGUGCCGCCGACCUGGUGGAAGGGCACGCCGAGGACGCGCGCGGGUGAGAAGCGCAAGGCCGGUGCGCUGCAGGGGGAGCCGCAGAAGAAGAGGAGACGCCCGGCGAAGCUGACGAUGAAGAAGGGCGCAAGGAAGGGACGGAGUACGCGAAAGCCCGAGCAGGAGGAGCAGGAGGAGGAGCAGCAGGAGGAGGAGCAGCAGCAGCAGGAGGAGCAGGAGGAGCAGGAGCAGGACAUAGACGUAGAGACGGAGUCGGCGGUGCUGAUGCCGCCGCCACCGCCCCCGGCUCCUGGCAGGGUCGUGCUGCGCUUGCCUGUGCACUCCUCCGCCCCGCGGCCUGCACCCACCGCUGCACCUGCUGCCGUCCUCGCAGCUACCCCCGCCGCCGUCCCUGUUCCCGCCGCUGAGAAGCCCAAGCCCACUCCCGCCGCCAAACCCAAGCCUUCCCCGAAGAAACCCAAGACUACAAAAUCUCAGGCACCCAAACCCACCGAAGCCCCCAAGCGCCAGAGCAAGCGCAUCCAAGCAGCCAACGACGUCAAGCCCGAGGCGGCGCGCUUCGCGAGCGAGAAUACUUUAUUCACAUCGAAGUCGAGCACGCUCGUGAAUAGCAUGCCGCCUGAUUUGAAGAGAGUGGUGGAGGGGGUUAAGACGCCUGAGCCGGAGAAGCUGGAGGCUAUCGAAGAGCAGGGAGAGGAGGAGGUCGUCGCGCCUGAGCCUGAGCCUGAGACCAAAACCAAGAACGCGCGCAAGCCCAAGGGGAAGAAGACCGCGAAGGGGAAGGGAAAGGCCAAGGCGCCCCCCGUCGACACGGACGCGACGGAGGACGAACCCGACCUGCCCCAGCUCCCGCGCGGGCUGGAGAAGGCGGAGACGGUGAAAUCCUGGACGGAUGAGGUCGCUGCUUCCGAGGCUGGCGCGGUGGAGGAAGCUCAAGUUGAGGAGGAGAUCAACGUUGUGGAGGAGGUGCCUGUGCCUGACACCACUGCUAGGGCCGGAUCACGCGCGGCGCGUGCGCGGCGGCCGACGCAGAAGGCGCGCGAGGCGGCGGCGAAGGCUUCGCAGAGCAAGGCAAAGAGCUCAAGGCCGAAGACGAAGACGGCCUCCGCUGGUGUUGAGGUGUAA